AUGGUGGAUAGCACAGAUGCGACGGCGUACUCAGCUCGGGGCCGACGUCCCCACUUGGCCGAAUCGGUUCGUCUGUACAAGUCACCAGGAACGCGCCGCCCAGAGAGUUACAGCGGCCCGGCGAAGCCGAGCGCGCAGCCGCAGGCAGAGGAAAAUGAGGAAAGCCAGGGCACUGUCGUCAGCGAGGGCGGCUCGCAGAAGGCGACGUUGGGCACCCGUCGAGUGCGCGUGCUGCCGGGGCAGCCCAAGACGUUGAAUGCCUGCGGCGUAUGCAGGCUGGAGCUGCCAGAGCAGCUGGCCGCCACGCUGGCCAGUGGCUUGGCAAGCGAGGUGAAGAAGCAGGUCCUAGACAUGGCAGUCCCUGCCUCGAAACCAAGCCUUCACCAGUGGCUUCGGUUGAAGGUUGCUGACGGUGGUUGCCCAACGUUAUCCGGAUGA